AUGGCAGUUGCUGUCCUUGCAGAUUCUUUCUGCACCUGCGCUUCUGUGGAUGCACGGGCGGCCGGCGCAGAACUCGCCUACGGCUACAGCGUAAUUGCUCAAGUGUGUCUCUGUCUCUAUACAACUGAGCUGCUGUGCAAUGCCUAUGUUCGUGGUUCGAAGAUGUGCAGAGACUGGAUAGGAGCGUUGGACGUGGUUAUAGUCAUUUUCGGCUGGGCGGAAAACAUCGUUUCUGCCGCGAUUGCCAGCGACAUUGGCCUGCCGCUGGGCGUGCUAAGGGUCUUCAGGCUGGUGAGGAUUGCUCGGACGAUCCGCCUUCUCAAGCGCCUGCGGAUGUUGAGGGAGCUCUACAAGCUCAUCGUCAUGAUGGCCUCGGUGUUUCGCACUUUGAUGUGGUCAUUCCUGCUCUGCUUCCUGGUCAUGACGGGAUUCGCCAUGUUGAUUGUGGAGUUUGUCAAUCCCAUCAUGCAGGACGGCUCGGCCCCUCCAAACCUCGCCUUUCACAGCCCAGUGCAGCUCUCGGGAAAUGCUGAGGUCAUGGAGGCCAACUUGCUGCUGUUUCAGACGGUGGUAGCGGGUGACAGCUGGGGCAGGGUUGCCGUGCCAGUGAUUCACGCCUCGCCCGCCACGGCCCUGAUUUUUAUCGGAUCUUUGCUGACCCUCGUGUUUGGCGUGCUCAAUCUGAUCGUUGCUGUGGUCGUAGAUACCUUUGCAGAAGCACGUCUACAUGAUGUGGAAGCCCUAGCGGAGGAGCUGGAAAUCGACCUCCAAGCCGACAGGGAGCAGCUGAAUGAGCUGUUUCAGCGUAUCGACAAGCAGGGCACUGGCGAGCUGACUUUGGACGAGUUGAUUGACGGUGCGCGCAAUGACGCCACCUUUCAAAGCCGCUUGAAGGUCAUGGAUAUUGAUGAGAGCGACCUUCAGCAGCUGUUCCACAUGAUCGACGUGGAUCAGUCGGGCACUUUGCAGGUCUCGGAGUUUGUUGGCCCACUGAGCCGCUGGGCCCAUGACUCCAAAACGGCACCGCGCUUCAUCAAGUACAACUUGAUGCAGAGCAUGCAGAUGCAAGAGGAUCUGAUCGACGUCACGGAGCGGCGCUUCGAGAUGCUGAGCCAACAGAUCGACCUCCUGGCGGGAGGCAGAGCGAUGCUGUCGCAUGACGAGGCGUCAGAGCUGUCGCAGCCGAUGGCAUCGCCGGAAGCCCCUGACCAAAGUCUACCUGCCAGCUGUCGACCUCAGCUGAUUGUGCCGUUCAGAAAGCCAAGAGAGAGCGUAAGAAGAGACUCAGCAACCUCCGGGCAGAUGGACAAGCAGAUGGACAAGGCGCUGGCCCAGAUUGACGCCAAGCUGGAAGCUUUGCUUCAGCGGGCAGUAGAGGAUGGGUCCUCCGGGCCAGUGCAGAGGCUUGCCUCCGGUGGGAAGAACAACCGCUCUGGUGUCGCGCGCAGGCCGUCGUUCGACGCCUUUCGGGCGAUGUACAUGGAAGCGUCCGUCCCCAAACGCAAGUCCGGACGCAAGCCGACGGCUGACAAGCCGACGGCUGACAAGCUGACGGCUGACAAGUCGGGCUCCCCGGAUGUGAAGUUACAUUUGGACCCGGGCAGCGCUUGAUGGCAGUUGGCCACCGGUUCCAAAAGUGGAACAGGUAUGGUCGAAGCGCCAUCGUCGAAUCAUGUCCAGUUGGUGUGAUAGUCAGCUGGUUGGCUCCUUCAAAGGGCCAACUGGAUAUCAUCAACUUUGAUGUGACUCGCAGGUACUGUGAAACGCACUGCUUUACACGGACAGGUCGAAUUCCGCC